AUGGAGCCAUCGCUUUAUUCUGAUGCUGAUGGUCCAGACUCCGAAGUCAAGAAAUUGAAAAGGAGCAUGACUCUGGACUUUAAUUCGAGUUCUUCAACGAAACAGAAAAAACUAGCUGCUGUGUUAGCAUCGCCGGACCUGAAUAUGCUCAAGCUCGCCUCUCCAGAAUUGGAGAAAAUGAUCAUUCAGGCUAACGGAAUGGUAACGACAACGCCCACGCCGACCCAGUUCAUCUUCCCCAAAUUUGUGACCGAGGAACAAGAAGCCUACGCCAGGGGCUUUGUGGAUGCCUUAGCUAAGCUGCAAAACAAUUCAACAAGGGUUUUGAACCCAAAUCGUCCGCAGGAUUUGGAUCGUACUUUUACAACUUUGACGGUGCCAUCUGCCCUGUCCCAAAGUGCUACUGUGCCAUCAUCAGCAGUUGCUGUACCGUUAACAAGCGAAGUUGCAACGACGACUACAUUGCCCGGGGGACCUGCCAGCCGAGUGCCAGCACGGUCUACCGUAAGUCCCCCAAAAACCGUUCUUCCUACGUCGGUCUCGAACAUACCGACCACGGCCGAUAGCUCUGAUGUGCGGUUACCACAAAUCAAAGACGAACCACAAACUGUCCCUUGUCUCAGUUCAUCACCACCUCUUUCCCCCAUCAAUAUGGAAUCUCAGGAGAAAAUAAAGUUGGAACGGAAACGAGCUCGUAAUCGCGUUGCAGCUAGAAAGUGUCGUACUCGAAAGCUCGAAAGAAUUGCACGGUUAGAGGACCGUGUAAAAGAACUGAAAGGACAAAAUAGUGAUUUGGUUACCACAGCAACAAACUUGCGAGAUCAAGUCAUGAAACUAAAACAGCAAAUUGUGGAACAUGUGAACAGUGGUUGUCAAAUUAUGAUGGCACAGAACAUUUCAUUCUAGAU